AUGCAUAUUGAGGAGGCGACCCCUGUGCAGAGUCCUCUUCGCGACGAUAUUGAAGAGGCAAAGGCGAGUUCGAUUUAUGAGGAAAAUGCGGUCGGAUACAAGGAAUAUCGAGAAGGGUUGCACAUUGACAUAACUGCAAAGGAAGACGCCAAAGUCAGAUGGAAGAUUGAUUUGGUUGUACUCCCUAUUUUUCUCGUCACUCAAGCAUUGCAAUUCAUGGACAAGACGGCCUUGAAUUAUGCGAACCUGCUCGGAUACCAGGAGACACUACAACUGAAAGGUCAACAGUUCAAUUAUCUCUCUGCAAUGGUGUAUGCCGGCUACUUCUUUGGUCAAUAUCCUUGUGGAUGGCUGGUUGGAAGGUUCCCAGCUCAACGCGUCUUGGGAGUGAGCUGCCUCAUGUGGGGUUUGAUGGUGAUUAUCAUGACCCAAUGCCAUACAUUCCCCAGUGCGUUGGGUGUCCGUUUCAUCAUGGGUAUCUUUGAAGCCGCUGUCACCCCCGGCUUGACCCUCAUGACCGGGUUUUGGUAUACCCGAAAGGAAAUCCCUCUUCGUCAAUGUAUUUGGUACUCGGCACUUGGAUGGGGUGGUAUUGUUGGGUCCUACAUUUCUUUCGGUAUUACCAAGCUUCCUGUCAACUUCAGCCCGGCGCGCUGGGAGCUAUUAUUUUAUAUUCUCGGUGGCGUCACUUGCCUAUGGGCAUUUGUGAUCUUCUUUGUUUUGCCUGAUUCGCCCUCAAGUGCUUUCUUCUUGUCCAAGUCCGAGCGCAUCAUUGCGGUUAAGCGAGUCUCCGGUAACGAAACCGGAAUCAAGAACAAAGCAUUUGACAAGAAGCAGGGUAUGAUCGCGUUUACUGAUCCAAAGGCAAUUUUACUCUUUAUUUCGGUGUUUGCUGCUGCCAUUCCAAACGGUGUUGUCAACUCUUUCUCGACGAUCAUCAUCAAAGACAUGGGAUUCUCCCAAACGAUGACAACGGAGUUGAAGUCGGUUGGUGAUGCAGUUGUCAUCGUCGCAUUGAUCAUCGGUGGCACUAUCACGUUGAAUGUGCCAAACUCCCGACUGCUCACCUCGACCGCUGCCAAUAUUCUAUGCACCGUUGCUGCUGCCUGUAUGGCGUAUCUCCCCCGGGAGCAAAAGUGGCAGAGACUGGUUUGCUUUUGGCUGGUGAAUGCGCAAUCUGUUGGCUUCACAGUCUCGUUGGUCACUAUCUCCUCAAACAUGGCUGGAUAUACCCACAGGGCUAUGGCCAACGCUCUGGUCUUUACUGCCUACUGCUGGGGUAACUUUGCAGGGCCCUUUGUGGUCAAACCAUCUGAAGCUCCUGGAUACAAGGGCGCCACAAUUGGUCUGCUGGUCGGUUACGCAAUCAAGGCAGGAUGCCAUCUCUCAUUGCUCGAAUAG